GUGCAACAGGAGGGGAAAAACGAGAGGAAAAGGCGAGAGAGAGAGCGAGAGAGAGCGAGAGAGAGAGAGAGGAAAAGAGUAGAAACACUCAGGCGCACGUUCCUGGGACGACGAGUCGCUCCUCGUCGGCGUUUCUUUCUCGAGGACUCCGCCGCGACCGAGUCGCCCUCGUCUCCCUCCCCGCCGCCCCCAUCUCCUCCCCGAAUCUCGUAGAUCUCCCACAGAUCCCAGGCUUUCUUCCGCAGAUCGAGCAUGGCGAGGUAUCAGGUGGAUGGUAAGGUGGUGCAGGGAGUGGACUUGUUGAGGAAGAAGCACUGGGUAUGGCGAUUAGACGUGUGGCCCUUCGCGAUUCUCUACUCCUUAUGGCUCUUCCUGGUCGUCCCCAGCAUCGAUUUCACUGACGCCUUGAUCGUCCUCGCGGGGAUCGCCGUCGUUCACAUCCUCACGCUACUCUUCACGGCGUGGUCCGUCGAUUUCAGAUGCUUCGUUCAGUUCAGCAAGGUGAACGACAUCCAUUCUGCGAAUGCGUGCAAGAUCAUCCCUGCCAAAUUUUCCGGCCCGAAAGAAGUCACGCCGCUGCAUUUCCGGAGAACUAUUUCAGUGCCAUCAUCAUCUUCAACGGCGAACAAAGAAGAAAUCUAUUUUGAUUUCAGAAAGCAACGCUUCAUUUUCUCAGCAGAAAAGGAUACCUUUUGCAAGCUUCCUUACCCUACAAAGGAAUCAUUUGGGUACUAUCUCAAGAGUAGUGGACAUGGAUCAGAAACUAAACUAACUGCUGCUACGGAUAAGUGGGGAAGAAAUGUAUUUGAGUAUCCACAGCCCACAUUUCAGAAGUUAAUGAAAGAACAUUGCAUGGAGCCAUUUUUCGUCUUUCAGGUCUUUUGCGUGGGCCUCUGGUGUUUGGAUGAAUAUUGGUACUACAGUUUGUUCACACUUUUUAUGCUUUUCCUAUUUGAAUCGACCAUGGCCAAGAGUCGGUUAAAAACUUUAACGGAGCUUAGGCGUGUAAGAGUUGAUAACCAGAUUUUGUUAGUGCAUCGAUGUGGGAGAUGGGUGAAACUUCCGGGGACAGAACUUGUUCCAGGAGAUGUUGUCUCCAUAGGACGCUCUUCUACUGGUGAAGAUAAAUCUGUACCAGCAGACAUGCUAUUAUUAGCCGGAAGUGCCAUAGUGAAUGAAGCUAUUUUAACGGGCGAGUCUACUCCACAGUGGAAGACUUCAGUUUUUGCUUGCACUGCGGAGGAUAGACUAUCAAUUAAACGAGAUAAGAAUCAUGUCCUAUUUGGUGGAACAAAAAUAUUGCAGCAUACUCCAGAUAAGUUAUUUCCACUGAAAACUCCUGAUGGGGGAUGCUUGGCUUAUGUGCUGAGAACUGGAUUUGAGACAAGCCAGGGCAAGCUGAUGCGGACAAUCUUAUUUUCCACCGAAAGGGUGACUGCAAAUAGCUGGGAAAGUGGCUUGUUUAUUCUUUUCUUGGUUUUCUUUGCCAUCAUUGCUGCAGGCUAUGUGCUCAAGAAGGGUCUGGAGGAUCCAACAAGGAGCAAAUACAAGCUUUUCUUGAGUUGUUCAUUGAUUAUCACUUCUGUUAUUCCCCCAGAGUUGCCAAUGGAGCUAUCAAUAGCAGUCAAUACAUCUUUAAUUGCAUUAGCACGCCGUGGUAUUUUCUGCACAGAACCAUUUAGAAUACCCUUUGCUGGGAAGGUUGACAUCUGUUGCUUUGACAAAACUGGAACUCUCACAUCAGAUGAUAUGGAGUUUCAAGGGGUGGUUGGCGUUGAUAAUAAUGGAGAUUUAGUAUCUGAUACUACUAAAUUGCCUCUUCGGACUGUUCAAGUGUUGGCGGCCUGUCAUGCAUUAGUUUUUGUGGAGAAUAAACUGGUAGGUGAUCCUCUUGAAAAGGCUGCGCUAAAAGGAAUAGACUGGAUAUACACCUCUGAUGAGAAGGCCAUGCCUAAAAAGUCAGGUGGACAAGCUGUGCAGAUUGUUCAUAGGUUUCAUUUUGCAUCUCACUUGAAAAGAAUGGCAGUCAUUGUCCGUGUUCAGGAAGAGUUCUUAGCAUUUGUAAAGGGUGCACCAGAAACUCUUCAAGAAAGGAUAGCUGAUUUGCCUGCUACAUAUGUGGAGAUCUACAAGAAAUAUACUCGUCAAGGGUCUCGUGUUCUGGCUCUUGCGUACAAGACUCUUCCAGACAUGACUGUUAGUGAAGCUAGGAGCCUGGAUAGAGAUUUUGUUGAGCGUGAUUUGACCUUUGCUGGUUUCGCGGUAUUUAACUGUCCUAUCAGGCCUGACUCUGGUUCCGUUUUACAUGAACUGAAAGGAUCAUCUCAUGAUUUGGUUAUGAUUACUGGUGACCAAGCUCUGACUGCUUGCCACGUUGCUAGUCAAGUUCAUAUAAUUUCCAAGCCUGCUUUGAUCUUGGUACGCAAAAAGACUCGUGAUGAUUUUGAAUGGCUUUCCCCUGAUGAAUCUGAGACAACCUUGUACAGUGAGAAGCAGGUGGAAUCAUUGUCAGAAUCACAUGACCUUUGCAUAAGUGGAGACUGCUUUGAAAUGUUACAGAGGACUGCAGCUGUUCUUCAAGUUAUUCCGUAUGUGAAGGUCUUUGCACGUGUUGCUCCUGAACAGAAGGAACUCAUCUUGACAACUUUUAAAACAGUUGGAAGGAUGACCUUAAUGUGUGGAGAUGGAACCAAUGAUGUUGGGGCACUGAAGCAGGCUCAUGUCGGCAUCGCAUUGUUGAAUGCUGCACCGCCGGCACAAACAGGAGAUUCUGCACCACAAUCACAGCCACCGAAACCUGAAAGUAAAUCAGGAAAAUCAAAGAAACAGAAACCCACUACUGAACUGCCUCCACCAUCUCCAUCUGCAAAUAGUAGUUCCCCAGGGCCAUCGUCAAGCAACCGCCACCUCACCGCAGCCGAGAGACAGCAGCAGCGUCUGAGGAAGAUGCUGGACGAGAUGAAUGAGGAGGGUGAGGGCCGCUCUGCGCCAAUUGUGAAGCUUGGGGAUGCCUCCAUGGCCUCGCCCUUCACAGCCAAGCAUGCGUCGGUUGCCCCCACCCUUGACAUCAUUCGCCAGGGCCGUAGUACCCUCGUCACCACCCUCCAGAUGUUCAAGAUCCUAGGCCUCAAUUGCCUCGCCACUGCCUAUGUCCUCAGUGUCAUGUACCUGGAUGGUGUCAAGCUUGGCGAUGUCCAGGCCACCAUCAGCGGUAUCUUCACUGCCGCCUUCUUCCUCUUUAUUUCCCACGCCCGCCCUUUACCAACACUCUCUGCUGCCCGCCCGCAUCCCAAUAUUUUCUGCGCCUACGUCCUCCUCUCUCUCCUCGGUCAAUUUGCAAUGCACUUGCUCUUUCUGAUAUCGGUUGUUAAUGAGGCCUCAAAAUACAUGCCAGAGGAGUGUAUCGAGCCGGACUCGGACUUCCAUCCGAACAUGGUGAACACAGUCUCGUACAUGGUCAACAUGAUGAUCCAGGUGGCUACAUUUGCAGUGAACUACAUGGGCCACCCCUUCAACCAGAGUAUAUCGGAGAACAAGCCUUUCAAGUAUGCACUGUUUGCUGCAGUAGGUUUCUUCACAGUGAUCACGUCGGAUAUGUUUAGGGACCUGAAUGACUGGUUGAAGCUCGUGCCCCUGCCGGAGGGGAUGAGGGCCAAGCUGAUGUUCUGGGCUAUACUCAUGUUCCUGGGUUGUUAUGGGUGGGAGAGGCUGCUGAGAUGGGCCUUCCCAGGCAGGAUGCCAUCAUGGAAGAGGCGGCAAAAGCAGGCAGUGGCUGCCUUGGAGAAGAAGAAUUUAUAACAUUUUGUUCUGUUUCUCGUUCCAAUAUGUUUUGUUAUUGAAGGGGCAAUUUUGAUGAUGGCAGCACUAAAUUCACUUCGUAAGAUGGUGGAGCUGCUGAUUUAGCACUUUCGCGUUCAAAGACUUUGGCCCUCCUUUCUGGUUAGCAGGACAAUUUUGUUCAGUUGAUCUAUCAUUUGAUUCACUUAAUUUUCCUCAAGUUUUGGAAAGUUCUUACAACGACUGUUGGGAGCAUUGCUGAACUUGGUGUAUCAUUAAUCCUUCUCACAGGUCAUAUAGCAACCUUACGUAAAAAAGCAUUUAAUGAUAAAGCUAAAGAUGUUUUAAAUCACUGAAGUAGAGAAGGCCUGUACUUUGUUGUAAUAGCUGUUUGUCAAUUUCGUGGAGGUUUCUUGAUUGUUUGGUUGUUAUACAUCUUUUCUUUUCUGUGUAGCAGGAUGGAUGCAUCCUCGUAGUAGCUAUGUUUUGUUAUUUGUCUCUUUUGUGAUUCCUCUUUAGAAAUUUGUGAUAAUUGAUGUUUUUCUUCUAAA